CUUUCUGGUUAUAAUAAUAAUAAGAAUAAAAAAUAUAACACGAGUUCUAUGUCAGGCUCCACUCAUUUCCCCCCAGUCUAACAGUCAAAAGAUUUUCUGCCCGCUUUUCCAACCAAAUUUUCUUUCUUUGCUUCCAAAACAUUUUCUCUCCCUUUCUUGCCUCUCAGGGACUACUACCGCAGAUCUUCUUAAAGUCUUUUAUGCUUCCAACAAAUCGUUUUCCCUGACAUGGAAACUGUAAGGCCCAAAUCAUCGAUCAACGAGAGGAGCAAGAAGUUUGCCAAGACGUUUCAGAAGGUCAUCGGCCUUCGAACAGCCACGAAAAUUGCAGCAAACAAUGGCAUUUGCUUGCUGGCCACGCAGGCGAGGUUCAAGGAAGAUGAUUUCACAUGUCAGAAUCAGAAGAAGAACGAAGAUAAUAACAGAGCUCGAAACAGAGCAGUUAUGGAGGCUCUUAUUGCUAGGCUCUUCGCUGGUGUUACUGCUAUAAAAGCAGCCUACGCAGAGCUCCAAAUGGCUCAGGAUCCUUACAAUAACGAUGCCAUUCAAGCGGCUGAUCAAGCGAUUGUGGACGAGUUAAGAGCUAUCUCAGAAUUGAAACGUGCUUUCCUGAAGAAAGAGCUUGAUCUUUCACCCCAAGUGACUCUGAUGCUUGCAGAGAUUCAAGAACAGCAGAGCAUUAUGAAGACUUAUGAGAUCACCAUCAAGAAGCUCGAAGCAGAAGCCGACCAUAAAGAACUAGACAUUGCUUCGCUUAAAAACCAGCUCCAGGAGCGUCUUGCCUUUAAUAAAUCACUUGAGAAGAAGCUAAACUCAAGUGGGGCUUUGUCCAUGUUCGAAAAUCUUCGGUUCUCAGCUUUGAAUCCCACCCAUUUCAUUCAGUUUCUUCACCAUACUAUAAGAUCGGUAAGAAGCUUCGCGAAACUCAUGAUCAAAGAAAUGGAAUCUGCUCAUUGGGAUCUUGAAGCGGCUAUUAAAUUCAUCCACCCAGAUGCAGUUUUUGCCAAGCCCAGUCACAAAAGCUUCGCUUUCGAAUCCUUCGUCUGCAUAACGAUGUUUGAAGGCUUUAACUACCCGAACUUCAUAGUCCCAAGUGAACCAUUUGUAAACAAUCAGCCACACCGCCAUAGCCCGAAGCUCUACUUCGAAAAAUUCAGAAAGCUCAAGUCUUUGAAUCCAAAACAAUGCAUAACCCAAAACCCAAGUUCAUCCUUCGCCAAAUUCUUAAAGUUUAAGUAUCUUCAACUUGUUCAUGCCAAAAUGGAGUGCUCUCUGUUCAGGAACCUGAACCAGAGGAAGCUGGUGAACUCGGGGGGAUUUCCAGAUUCUGCUUUCUUCGUGGCAUUUGCGGAGAUGGCUAAGCGCGUGUGGGAAUUACACUCUUUGGCAUACUCAUUCGAUGAAGAAGUCACAGUUUUUCAGGUCAAGAGGAACACUCGAUUCUCUGAGGUGUAUAUGGCAUGCGUCGCAGAAGAUUCAGUGUUCCCGUCGGCGGAGGCCUCCACCGCAGAUGAAGUCGAUCUUCGAGUCGGUUUCACGGUGGUUCCCGGUUUCAAGAUCGGGAAAACGGUGAUACAGAGUCGGGUGUAUCUGUCUCCGGUGGUUUCUGCGGCUAGUAGCUGAGACAUAUUUUGAUUGAAGUCGGAUUGUACAUUUGGUCUGAAGACGCGCCAAUUCACACGGUCCGGCAUUCAUAUUCACAUUCACAUUAGAGUAAUACACAUAUGAAACAUAUAUACACCGUUUACAAUUGUCUUUUGCCCUCUUUUAAAUUGUCGUUAGAGUAAUAUCAACUGUAAAUUGUCAUGUACUAUAAUGGAGGUAUUGUUGCGUCUCCGAGGAACAAGGUCUUUCAGUUAGAUGGACAUUGGAUAUAUGAUUAUAAUAAAUGCUGGUUUACAACUUUA